UUUUGCUUUCAGGAGAAGAAGUGGCAGGAAACAUGUCUGCCAUUUCGAGAAUGGAGAAGGGAGAUGCAGGGUGAUGCAGGGCGGCAAGCAAGUGCUCUUCUUUGUUCUGCAUCACUGUGGAGUUGCUCUGCUUCCCGUUCUCCAUUUUCUCCAGUGGCGGCGACAGAAGGCUGGAGGAGAGAGGCGGCAGGGAGGCUUGUGCUGCCCGGUCACGGCGCAAGCCAUGGGAGAAUUGGUGGAGGAGAAGGAGCAGGUGGCUACCGCCAGGCAGGUGAUCUGUAGGGCAAAGCAUGAAGAAAGCCCCUGCAGCAGCACAUAGUGGCAGUGGAGCCUUUGAACGUCAUUCCCCUCCCACUCUGAAAGGUGGAGGGGGACCAGGCCUAUCAUGCCUAUCCUCCGUACAGUAGCAUGGCAGUCUGGCUCGGAAGGGGAGUGAAAGGGAGCAAGAAAUGGCCUGGCUGGAGCGGGGGGCUGAAGAAAGUGGGUGUGGAGCAUGUGGGGCAGCUCCACCCUUUCCCCCCACCUGUCUUGCCUCGUGGCGGCAGUGAUGCGAUUGCCGCUCAGCCUCCUGCCCCAUUGCAGCAGCCAGGUGGGACGCAGUGGGCGGGGACCUAAUUAGGGCUUAUUUUUGGAGUAGGGCUUAUAUUAGGUCCACCUCCCGAAAUCAGGAUAGGUCUUUUUUGGGGGGUGGGGCUUAUUUUCAGGGAAAUGUAUAUAAUCAAUGCUAGAAUGGAGUGGAAUUUGUUCUCUCUCUGUGUGUGUGAUUGUGUGGUUUGCCCUGUCAGUGUUGGAGGGAGUGUUCUUCCUGAUUGCUUAUUAGGCCAUUGUUUGAUUAUCUGAGUUAGUUGUACUUUGCCAUAAACAGCAUCCCAAUCAAGGAAUUAUGAUGUUACCUAAUUCAACUCUGAGCUACAAAUAUUCUCUAUUGAUAAUUCUUGCUUUUAAACACAUACACACACACACACACACACACACACACACACACACCACUGUACAGGUCUGAUUUCUCCCCUCCUUUUUAUAACUGCUGUCAAAAGUAAGUCAUUAUAUUAAAUUUCUAGCAAUGUUUUCAUUUCAGCUGAUGUCCGAUCAUUGUCUCUUCCUGGAACAUAUGAAAAGAUUACGCAUUUAGGAAACUCCCUGAAAAAAUUUGUUUAUCUGAAGUCUCUUGACCUCUCACGCAAUGCACUGACUACACUGGAGAAAUGCUACAACUUCACAGUUUAACUGCACUUCAAGUUUUGGAUUUCCGACUGAAUCCUGUUGUUAAAAAUGAAUCAGAUUAUCGCCUUUUUGUUAUACAUAUGCUUCCAAAUCUCAAACAGUUAGAUGAUAACCCUAUAAGAGAAAGUGACCAAAAAGCAUCUCUCUUGCAUUUUACCUCAGAUCACGCCUAUACAUUCAAGAAAUCUUCAGUUUUAGCAAGAAUUAAACCUAGCAGGUUUACUCAUCCAAGAGUUGAAUAUAUUAAUUCUAUGUCAAAAAAGUAUCUGGCAAUGGAUGAGGAUGAUGAAACAGCCUUACGUCUUAUAGCUAAAUGUGAAUGGGAUUUAAGAAAACAUGCAAAAAUAAGUGAAUCAUCUAAAAAGGAUCCUGAAGUAGACUUUCACAAUUUAAAAAGUAUUUAUGAAAUGAAAGAUAAUCCUAAGAAGUGGAAAUCAAAAUUCCCUUUUCCCCAAUUUUUCCUAUUACAAAAUAAAUGCUUAUUUCAGAACACCCUGUCAGAAGAUAGAAAUACACUGAAAGAGACAACAACUGAUAAAGGAGUGAAUGAAUCAUUACUUGUUUCACAGAAAAUGGCUGCACCAGUUCAGAAAGCAUCUGGAUUCAAAGAACAGAAGUUUAAUGGCAGAGGUACACUGCCUCAAGGAACACCCCAUCUGGUGAAUAAAAAUUUAUAUGAAGCAACACCCAUGCAGUGUUUACUUGACUUGGUUGACAAAUACUGGAAUGGCUCCAAAUCACUCCAUUACAAUGAGAUUUUUUUAGCUCAAGCAGAAAUGGUUUUGUCUGCAGUUCAGAAAUCUCUGCCAGCAGAUCAACAGAAACAUUAUUCCACAAAGAAUCAAGAGGUGAAUAAACUUCUCUUAGAAAAAGAAGCCUUACAACAGUGUCUAUUUCAACAAGAGAAACAAUACAGCACCUGGAUUAAAGGUCUAAAAUCAGAGUUGAGCAGAAAUAAGAAGGAUAUGGAUAUAUUGAAGCAACAUUUAGAUAAAUUAUUGAAAGAAAAAGAAGGUUUAAACAGUCAUAAAUUCAAAGUGGAAGAAAGCAUUCAGAUUUCAGAUACUGCUGAUACAGCAUCAUUACAGACUACUGAUUUUGAAGACCACAAUCAACUUUUAAUUGAUGAGAAUGCUUCUAUGAAGAAACAUCUCCAAAAUUUUAACAAGAUGCGAGAAAUAACAAACAUGUUACAGGAAAGCCAUAGGUGGAUUUGUCUUUUUAUUAGGGUCAGCUGUAUGUCAGAACCCCUCAAAUACCUAUUUAUUCAUUUCCCUUUAUUUCUUUCCUGCUUCUGCUUAUGUAUUCAUUUUUGGGGCCUGCCAUAAUGCUGGGAGGGUGCUUGCAUGGGGGGAAGAUGAUUUGCCUUGCUCUGCUCUGUAUGGGGUGCCCCCCCCUUGGUGAGAGGAAUAUGACAUGAAAACAUCUGCCUUAUUUCCAGACAAUGGAGCCUGGGACUGUUGGGAAAUGAAACAGAAAGAGACCUUGAGAAGGGUACUAAAUCUCCAGCUUUUCAUAAUACUGCGGCACCUAUGGAUUGGCUGAAUUUCAGUCGGAUGGUUGGACAUUGGGGGGAGGAGUUCUGAAUUAUCUUUUUGAUGUAGUCCUUUGCAUGCCAAAUCUUUAGACCUUGCUUUGCUUUCUAGCCAUCACUAACUCCCAAUAAAAGUUUCUUUUAAAACGAUGCCUGUUUCAAGAGUUCUGUUUUCUUGGGAGAUCUAAUU